CAGGUAUGUUCCGAUUGGCUGCCUGCACUCGACCUCUGACCUCUGACCUGAGUGUGUGUCCGACCUCAGCCCCGUGGCCACGGCGAUGAGGAUGACCUGCUCUUGCUGAUGUUUGAAGGGUGGAUAGAAGGGCAGGAAUCCUGCGAUUACACAGCAGAGGGUUUUGGGAAUACUGGGAAUUGUGCGUGUGGAAUAUUCAGCCUGUAAACAGAUGCUCAUUAAGAAUGUGAAGCCUUUUAUUCCCUGAAAUACCGAAGAAAUGGAUCAAUCUGCACUGAAGCGAGAAUACGCGACAGGAAGUUGAUCCCUACAGGGAGCGAAGACGAGAACAAACUGGGAAUAUGUCGUGGAAGAGGAACUACUUUGCAUCAGACAGCAGUGGAAGUGGUGUCAGCGGAGGAGGAGGAGGUGGGGCUGGGACGCAGGGAAUCCUGACACCUCGCACCACGACGUCCAUCGCUCCCAGCAAAGGGCUGAGCAACGAGCCGGGACAGAACAGCUGCUUCCUGAACAGCGCUCUGCAGGUCCUCUGGCACCUCGACAUCUUCCGCCGCAGUUUCCGUCAGCUGACCACCCAUAAGUGCAUGGAGGACUCGUGCAUUUUCUGCGCUCUGAAGAGCAUCUUUGCUCAGUUCCAGUACAGCAGCGACAAAGUUUUGCCGUCCGACGCGCUCCGCAGCGCGCUCGCCAAAACCUUCCAGGACAAGCAGCGGUUUCAGCUCGGCAUCAUGGACGACGCUGCGGAGUGCUUCGAAAACAUCCUGAUGAGGAUCCACUUCCACAUCGCAGACGAGACCAAAGAAGACAUCUGCACAGCCAGACACUGCAUCCCCCACCAGAAGUUCGCCAUGAUGCUCUAUGAGCAGUGUGUGUGCAGCAGCUGUGGAGCCUCCUCGGAUCCUCUGCCCUUCAUUCAGAUGGUCCACUACAUCUCCACCACCUCCCUGUGUAACCAGGCAGUGAAGAUGUUGGAGUCGCGGGAGAAGGCGACCCCGGGCAUGUUCGGGGAGCUGCUACGAAACGCCAGCAUGGGGGACCUGCGCAACUGUCCUAGUCAGUGCGGUCAGCAGCUGCGGAUGGCUCGCGUCCUCCUCAACAGUCCGGAGAUCAUCACCAUCGGCCUGGUGUGGGACUCGGAUCACUCGGACCUGGCCGAGGACGUCAUCCACACCCUGGGAACCUGCCUGCGCCUCGGGGAUCUGUUCUACAGGGUGACUGAGGAGAAGGCUCGGCAGUCCGAGCUGUACCUGGUCGGGAUGGUGUGCUACUACGGGAAACAUUACUCCACUUUCUUCUUCCAGACUAAGAUCCGCCGGUGGAUGUACUUUGAUGACGCACAUGUCAAAGAGAUCGGGCCCAAGUGGAUCGACGUGGUUUCGCGCUGCAUUAAAGGCCACUACCAGCCGCUGCUGCUGCUGUACGCCGACCCGCGGGGGACGCCGGUGUCUGCGCAGGACCUGCCCUCGCGCCUCGACCUCCACCACCUCAACAAGGCCUGUUACGACAGCGAAGACUCGGGCCGCGAGCCGUCGAUCUCCAGCGACACUCGCACCGAUUCGUCGACGGAGAGCUACUCGUACCGACAGCCCUCCCACUCGCACCAUGUGUCCCUGGCCAGUCGCUACUCCUCCGACUCCCAGGGAACCGUCAUCUGCAUCGACCGCCCAGACGGAGCCCCGCACGCCUCGCUCUGCAGCCUGGAUACCGUAGGCCACGCGACGGACGGUGAGCAGCAUCAGCCUCCGAGGAAAGGAGGCGUGGCCGGGGAUAGGAGGCGGAGCGCUAGCCGCCACCGGCGGUCUAAACCUGAGAACGAAGCGUCGUCGGCUGGUUACCACAGUGAGGGCGAGACGUUAAAGGAGCAGCAGGUUCCUCGUCACCUCCCCAAACCUUCGUCUUCCUUCUCAUCAUCGACCAGCCGCCUGCGAGACUUCAAGGAGACCAUGAGCAACAUCAUCCACAGCCGACCCCUCUCCUCCUCCUCCUCCACAUCUCUGCCGGCCGCCGGCUUCUCCUCUGAAAUCACCCCCUCCUCGAACAGCAGCCAUCACCACCACCUCCCUGCCAGCAGCGCCGCUCCUUCCUCCUCCUCCUCCGCUGGGAAAGCUCAGGACUGGGAGGCCGACAGCACCAGCAGCGAGUCAAAGUCCAGCUCCUCCGGGGGAACAGGGAGGUACCGGCCGGCUUGGAGGCCCCGGAGGGAGGCGCUCAACAUCGACAGCAUCUUUAACCGCGAGAGGCGGAGGCAAGCAGGGUACAGCCCCCUCGGAGCGCCGCUGCUCGACGACUGUGGAGCUCAGGACGCCUCCUCGGCCCUGGAGGAGGUGACGCCUGUCCGGACGGGCUCCUCCAGGACUCUCCCCGCCUCCUUCUCCAGCAGCCACAGAGGAGGUGGAGCUGGACCGGGAGGUGAGAACGAAGGAGCGGGAGGAGCCGUGCUGUCUCCCGCUGCUCCUCCUGCUGCUCCACCCAGGCUGAUCCAGAGGAUGGAGAGCGGCUACGAGAGCAGCGAGAGGAACAGCAGCAGCCCGGUCAGCCUGGACCUGAACCCGGGAGACAGGGAGUGUGUGGUGAAGAAGGCUUUGUCGUCCUCUUCCUCCUCAGGACCCUCGUGGAGGAACGCCCGCUCGAAGAGCAGCGGCGCUUUGCUGCAGGAGCUCAGCUCGUCCAGCAGGGGGAGCCUCGCGCCCUCUGCAGGCCGCAGCGAGCUGGACGAGCUGCAGGAGGAGGUGCUGAGGAGAGCGAGGGAGGAGGAGCAGCAGCGGCGGCAGGAGAAGGAGAGGGAGGCGGCGCUCGGCUUCAACCCGAGACCCAGCAAGUACCUGGACCUGGACCAGCUGCAGAUCCAGGGUAAAUCGGACACUUACGAGCGGUGCGUGUCAGAGGCGGAGCUCCUGCUGGACCAGUCGAUGCGUCUGGAGCAGGCAGGCGAGGUCGCCGCUGCGCUGUCAGCUGUCAAUGAAGCUGUCUCCAAACUGCGGCCGGUGGUGGCUGAGGGCGGAGCUAGUAGUCACAGCCGGCUGCAGCGCUGCAUGAGGAGAGCCCGCAGCCUGCAGCAGCGCAUGCAACUGCUGCAGCAACAACAGCAGGACUCAGAGGCAGGCAGAGAGAAACCACCGCAGCAGCAGGAGGAGCAGCAGCUCCAGGAACAGCACAGAACCUGUGGAGGUUGGAGGUGUAAAUCCUCAGCUGAGCUCAAAACUCCUGACAUCUUACCUCCUCAUGGGCUGAUUGAAAAGCCUCUCUCGGGCCGAAUACUUCUGACAGAGAUGCACAGCAGCCAAUCAGCCUCCUCUGUGGACCAGCAGACGCCGCCUCCCUCCACCUGCCUCAUUAGGUCGCUGCCUCCCCAGUCAACCUUGGUGUCUGACCCCGCCCCUUCAGGUUCACCUCGGGAGGACAGGAAGACCCUCUGUAGCGUCGGCUCCCUCCCUGCUCUCUGUGUGGAUGCCCCUGUGGAAGACUUGGCUCCACCCCCUCCGCUUGAAGAGGAGGAGCUUUCAGUGCAGUGGACCAUAACAUCUCCUGCCCCAGUGCCUCCAGUACAAGCCCCGCCCCCACCCCGGCUGCAUCCCCAAAUCCUGUCACCUGUUGAGACGUUGAAACCGUCUUACACCCGGCAGCCUCAGGCCACACCCCCAGACUCCAGCCACAUACCGUCCCCGCCCCCUGCCCCUCAUGCAACCAGGAACUGGUCGUGCUUAUACCUAGACCAAGACGUCAUCGACUCUCCCAGUCCACCAAUCAGCUCGCACCUGUACUCACCGCCAGACUCCCCCGCCAACAUUCCCCCAGUGAGCCGCCCGGACCUGCCCGUUUCCCCGCCCACAGUGGCGUGCCGUGGAACGCUGGGCUGAAAACGUCAACAGAUACUAU